AUGCUCUAUUCCCCCCUCCUCUCCAUCGUCCUCUGGCAGACAGCUGCCGAUGACCACAAGUCGUCUGAAGGGGUCAUCUUGCCGACGAAGCCUCCACAGCCACCGACUGACAACGGCGAUCAUGAGGAUUUCUUUCAAAUGCUUCAUUACCUAUUCCACCACGGUAUGGGUGGUGUCCAUAGCGAGGCCGCGGACUUCAUGCCGAGUGCCGUUGGCGAUAUUACUGAUAUUAUGCCGGGUGACUUCUUUGAUACCCGGAAGACUACCAAGUUUGGGGUUUACUCGGGUGACUUCAAAUUGGACGAUUAUGACAGCGUCGCCACCGACGUGACGGUUUACGCCAAGACGAAAGGGUACAACGUCAACGAUGAGGACUUCCGUUAUCUCACCGUUGGUGUCCACGGAGGCACCUUUGGGCAUUGGUUUGGUUACUACCCGACCGUGAAGAUGUACAAUGGUGUCGGCAAUGCGUACAUCAGCGCCUAUUACUUCCGUCCUCUUCCUGUCGAACCUGACAUGAUGACUGGAAAUCAUUCAGUAGGUGAGGAAGCAACCACCACACCCAAGCCGGUGGAUGGUGAGCACGGCCGGGACGAGGAUUAUCAUCACGUCACUUUGACGGCCAAAGCCCGGGCUAACAUCUACCUCCCAUGGGGUCAGACGGCUGUUCCUUGCUUUGGUCCCGCUGGUGGCGAUGGCGCCUGGUAUCUGAUGCAUCAGUUUGGUGAUGAGAGGCUUCAUUGUGUCGUCUUUGAUGGUAAGUAUAAGACAUGGUAUUCUGCUGAUCAACCUAAGAAGAGGGAUCCUGUGUGGGUAACGUCCGGCGAUGUUCUCCUCGCCAUGAGGAAGCGUUCUGGUUACAUGCGGGGAUACCGCGUUAAGGUCCUCGCUCACGGCCUCCCAUUCAUCCUCCAGUGGAGGGGAGUCCAACGCGGUAUGCAGUCCACUACGGCGAAAAUUGAGAGGGGAUGCGGCGGCUUUUGCGUUUUUGGCGACUACGGCCCGAUGUAUACCGUUGACGACACCUACCGGGUUGAGGACUCGACUAUUGAGCUCAGCUUCGACCAUUCCGUCCUCACGGCUACAACACCAUACCCUCCCCAUGAUACUACGGAAACACCAGAGAUGCCGGGGACAGGGGCGCCUGCAGAGUCUACUACUACCGAGGCCCCUGUAGAAGAACCUACUACUGACGCCCCCGUAGAAGUGUCCACUACUGAGGCCCCUGUAGAUGCGGCUACCACUGAAGCCCCUGUUGGUGAGUCCACGAUUGAAGCACCUAUAGUUGAGGCUACUACUGAAGCCCCUGUGAAUGAGUUUACUACUGGCGCCCCUAUAGACGAGUCCACUAGUGAAGCUCCUGUAGGUGAGGCUACUACCGAAGCCCCUGUAGAUGUGUCUACUACUGAGGCCCCUGUAGACGAGUCUACUACUGAAGCCUCUGUUGGUGAGUCUACUACCGAGGCCCCUGUAGACGAGUCCACUACUGAGGCCGCUGUUGACGAGUCUACUACUGAGGCCACUACUGGAGAGUUUACUACUGAGGCCGCUGUAGAUGACUCUACUACCGAGGCCACUAUGGAAGAGUCUACUACUGAGGCUCCUGUAGCCGAGUCCACUACUGAAGCCCCUGUUGGUGAGUCUACUACCGAGGCCCCUGUAGACGGUUCUACUACUGAAGCCCCAGUGGAUGAGUCUACUACUGAAGCUCCUGUAGACGAGUCUGCUACUGAGGCCCCUGUAGACGAGUCUACUACUGAGGCCCCUGUAGAUGAGGGUACCACUAAAUCCCCUGUAGACGAGUCCACUACUGAGGCCACUAUGGAAGAGUCCACUACUGAGGCCCCUGUAGGUGAGGCUACUACUGAAGCCCCUGUGAAUGAGUUUACUACUGGAGCCCCUAUAGACGAGUCCACUAGUGGAGCCCCUGUAGGUGAGACUACUACUGAGGCUCCUGUAGACGAGUCCACUACUGAAGCCCCUGUAGAUGAGUCUACUACUGAAGCCCCUGCAGACGAGUUUACCACUGGAGCCCCUAUAGACGAGCCCACUAGUGAAGCCGCUGUAGACGACUCUACUACCGAGGCCCCUGUAGACGAGUCUACUACUGAGGCUCCUGCAGACGAGUCCACUACUGAAGCCUCCGUUGGUGAGUCCACUACUGAGGCCCCUGUAGACGAGUCCACAACUGAAGCUCCUGUGGAUGAGUCUACUACUCCCACAGCCACCCUGACUGAGUCUAUGACUACUGGAGCCUCUUCAAUGGUGUCCACCACUGAAUCCUCUAUGAUGGAGGCUACUAGCACUGGAGCUCCGGUAGUUACCAGUGCGCCUUCUAUUGGCGACUUCACUGAUGCUCCUCCCAUCCUCCCAUAA